ACAAAAUUUACUGCCUUGCACAACUUUGGUUACCACCCAUAACACUUGUCAGUGUAGUUGGCAUUGAUGUGUCAGUGAGCUGCAUUGCAUGGGAGGCGGACAAAAAAAAGCAAAAAAAGUCUCUGCGACAUGUAAAUGGUAGAAAAGUGGAAAUAAAGUCAAAAUGCAAGCUUUUUGGUGGGAUUUUUUAUAACGGUGACUGACGUAGGUAACUGUCAUGUUUCCACAAGGAAACCAGAUGCCAUCAGCAGCUGGCUCAUGUAACAGUACAUCAGUACAUCAGGGCGUGCCAAAAGACAAAUCUAGAGAUAAGACAAAGAGGAGGGGCCAUGACCUUGGUAAUGGAUUUGAGGAGUGGGGAGGUUACAUGAAUGCCAAGAAACAGAAACUUGCAGAUCAAUUUAGCUGCAAUCGGCCAAGGGACGAAACAUCCUCUGAUAUAUUCAAGGGCGUGUCAAUCUACGUGAAUGGAUACACCAACCCAUCCUCUGACAAGCUGAAGCACCUGAUGAAUAUUCAUGGCGGUAACUAUGAGCACUACCUGUCAAAGACACGAGUGACACAUGUCAUCGCUACCCGCUUACCCAACAGUAAGGUGAAGGAGCUGAAAGGAAAAGACAAAGUUGUCAAGCCCGAGUGGAUACUAGACAGUAUUCAGGCUGGGCGGCUGCUGUCGUAUGAACCUUACCAGUUGUACACAGCCCAGUCUUCAGUUCAGAAAGGUAUCUCAAAGUUUGCCACAGUGGUGACAAGUCCUGUUGCUGACUCAUCUAGGGCCUCAUCUCUGGCUACCGAGAGGCACCCAUCAAGAGCUUCAUCAGAAGGUAUUGAGCAGUUAGACCGGGAACCAGAGCGAUAUGACAACCAAAUUGAACUGGAAACAUCUCCAACAUUAUUCUCGCCCAGUUUUGAAGAGCAGAUAGAAAAUCACAGUGAUGAAGAGCAUUCAUAUCAUUCAGAGGUAGUUGUUUCUGACUUGACUGUGUCAGAAUCAGCCCAUAAAAGUUUUACAUCAGACAUCACACAGAGUGACAACCAGACAGUGGAUUCAGAGAGACACCUCACAAAGGGGGAGGCCAUUAAAAAGUACGCCAAAGAUGGCGUUAAUUAUCAUGGGGCAACACGGACAAUAGCCACUGCCGGUGAUUCAACAUUUGUUUCAGAGUUUUAUCAGCAUAGCAGGCUGCACCAUUUGUCCACGUGGAAAGCAGAGUUUGCUGAGUAUGUUAAUCAUUUACAAGUCUCUGGAAAUGGCACCUAUCCUGGCCGAAAAAAACUUGUCACUUUGCAAGCAGAGAAAUCCAGCAGGAUGCUCCCAAGGGAAAUAACUCUCCCUUCAUCAAAGGGCAAACCACAGCGAGUCAUCAUGCACGUUGAUAUGGAUUGUUUCUUUGUCUCAGUGGGUUUGCGAGAACGCCCAGAGUUGAAAGGGAAACCAAUAGCAGUGACUCAUUCAAAAGGAAAGGGGACUAAACUCCAGCCUGGAGCUAAUCGCCAGCUAGAAAAGGCCUUAUGGGAACAAGGUAGAUCCAAGAGAGCUAGAGGAAAGGCCAACAGCAAGGUUUCACUGCCAGAGCAGAGCUGUGAGGAUGAGGGAACAGCACCAGCUGACUCAGCUGCUGCAAAUGCAGAUGUCCGGGCCAUAUUGACAAGCUGUGCUGCAUCCGAAUCGUCUGAGGAGUUUUACUCCAUGGCUGAGAUUGCAUCCUGCAGUUAUGAAGCCAGACAGGCUGGCGUUAAGAACGGCAUGUUCAUGGGAGGAGCAAAGAAGCUUUGUCCUGAUUUAGUCACCAUACCUUACGAUUUUGACAAAUACAAUGAAGUCUCCAGACAGCUGUAUGACAUUGUGGCAAGCUACACCCAUGAUAUUGAAGCUGUAAGUUGUGACGAGAUGCUGGUGGACUGUACGGACCUUCUUGCGGAUGUUGGAGUGUCUCCAUUAGACUUUGCCUCAGCCUUGCGACAAGAGAUUCAGGAGAAGACAGGCUGUUCUGCUUCUGUUGGAAUGGGUCCAAACAUUUUACUGGCGAAAAUGGCCACGAGGAAUGCCAAACCAAAUGGUCAGUUUUAUCUGGGACCAGAUCAGGUGACUGAGUUCAUCGGCCCAAAAUUGGUCAAAGAUCUGCCAGGCAUAGGUUGGGCUAUUAAUAAAAGGUUGACAGGUAUGGGAAUUGAGAGGUGUGCCGAUAUGCAGAAGGUUCCCUUGGCGAACCUCCAGAAAGAAUUUGGGCCAAAACUCGGCCAAUCUCUGUACAGGAACUGCAGAGGUCAGGAUGACCGACCAAUCAAAGUGGAGCGAGAGCGGAAAUCUGUGUCUGCGGAAAUAAACUAUGGCAUACGAUUCAAACAAGACUCGGAUGCAGUAAAGUUCCUGGGUGAGCUCGCGGAGGAGGUUCACAAUCGUUUGGAGAAGACUCACAGCAAAGGAAAGUCAAUCACACUGAAACUGAAAGUCCGCAGGGAAGAUGCCCCAGUCGAAACAGCUAAAUUCUUAGGUCAUGGCAUAUGUAAUCAGAUUACCAAAUCUGCGACACUUCCCUUGGCAACAGACAACACCCAAAUUAUCGCUAAGGAAGUCAUCACAAUUCUGAAGGGGCUAAAAGUCAGUGCAGCCGACAUUCGAGGGAUUGGAAUCCAGAUGCAGAAGUUGGAGCCUGCGUCCAUCAGGCGAAGCGGCCUGAAUGGACACCAGAGCAUUUUGGGCUUCACUGUCCCUAAAUCAGCCGUGCAAGAAACCAAGAUCUCCCCCAUAGCUCAGCGCAAGUCCAACACGGUUGCACAUGAAUCAGGCAGUAGCUCGCACAAAGCUGUACACGAAUCGAACUCUGAUUUGCAUGAUUCCCUUGAUGAUUCACACACAUGGCGUGAUUCACACAAGUCCAGCUCUGAUUCUCACAAUACUGAGGACUCGAACAAAUCUGUGGGUGAUUCCAGUUUACCCCUGAUAGAUUCACCGGAGCUGGAAGCUGUGACGACGCAAGAGUCUGCAGCCAGAGUGACCAGUACCAGGCUAUUCCUCCCAGGUCAAAUGGUAGAACCUCCUCUUCCAAGGUUACCAAGCCUUAACUCCCCUGAGUUUGGGAGCUCUCCUGUCAUGAUACUGAACACCCCUGUGAGGAGAGAUGUGGAUCUGAAUGCUGUAGAGGAUUACCUCCCUUCUCCUUCCCAGGUUGACCCAGAGGUAAUGAAGGAGUUACCAGCUGACAUCAGGGUGCAGAUUGAAGCAGCCAUGAAACAGAGGCGGGGCACCAAGCAGAUGCCACCUGUCAAGCAAACACCACAAUCAGUGGUAACAGCUGAAGACACACCCGGCUGCUCCCAUUGGCCGAGUCAGGAGCCGCUCGUUGUUACAACUGUACCUGAGGAAUCCAUUAAUGUAGAUGUCAAUUCGACAUCAGAAACAUUGACGCCAAAAGUUUACAACAAAACCAUAGCCCUUCCCUCUCCAUCUCAGAUCGACCCAGAAGUAAUGAAAGAGUUGCCAGUUGACAUCAGGGAGCAGAUUGAAACUGCUAUUAAGCAGAGACGAGACACCAAGGGGAGAGCUUCUGUCAAUCAACCUCAGCAACAAAUUAGUGAACAUCAGAGAAGUCAUGGAAGCUCUGAUUGGUCAGGCCAAAAUCCAUCCAGUGAGAUAAUUGUAACAAAUAAUUUGGUUGGAUCAGAUGGUGGUAACCAUGGAGACAGAAACACCAGUCAUCUAAGAGCAAGGGCGUGCAAUAAAAUAGAGCCACUGCCAUCCUUUUCACAGCUUGAUAUGGACUGCCUAAACGCCUUGCCACCAGAUCUUCGUAAGGAGAUUCAACAAGCCUACGCUGUACAGGAGAAACAAAACACGGCACGAAACAGUCCAUCAAAGAUGUCCAGCUGGGCAAGUGUCAUGUCCGCUGCAAAGUCUCCUUCAAAGAGUCCAAAUAAGAAGGGAAAAUCACCCAACAGAAAUAAAAGAAAAAGUCCUCAGUUCAAAGUUCCACAGGGCAAACCUGGUCGCAGAAAGAAACAGAGUUCCAAGAAAUUGGAUUUCACGAGAAGCGUCGAAGAGAAGAUACCUCUGUAUUCAGAUAGUGAAGAGGUUCAAAUAGUAGAAGCUUUGUCCAAUGCAAAACCAGAGACUUCUGAAGUAUCAGUGACUGAGACCCAAGUGACUUUGGAAUCAAGGGAGGCAACUCAUGUGAAUCUGUGUGGUAGAGUUGCACUAGCAGAUGUCAAGGACCUACUCCGUCAGUGGAUUCAGUCUUGUCAGGCACCUGAAGAUGAAGAUGUCCGAGUGAUUGUGCAGUAUUUGGGGGAACUUGUCUUGGACAAAAAUCUGGAACAUGUUGACCUCCUCUUAAAAUUCCUAAGAAGACUGGUGCGUCCGUUAUCUGCAGGUGGUUGGAGUGAGGCAUUUCUCAACAUAGUCACUAACACUCAAGACAUCAUCUUCUCACAGCAUGGCAGCAGAUUGAAAGAAUUUAAUCAUCAAAUUGAACACAGUUAAAAUUACUGUAUUUCACCCUAACGGUUAGCAUUAUGAUUUUUCAAGUGGCCUAUUUUGCUAGAUUCUGACUGAUUCAUUUGUGAAGAUCGAUUCAUUUCUAAUUAGAAAUACUUAAGUGUAAGCAUCAAAAAUAUUACUUUAAGACAUCUUUGUGCCUCUGAAAGUUCGUGAUUACAUGAAUACAACUUUGGCAUAUUUGUUACAGGACAAUUUGUCAAAACUGUUUCUGGGUCAGAUCAAAUGAUUUAAUAUGAAGCGUAACAUUCCCUGAGAUAGAAAUCUGCACAGACGUGAUACGUACAUGUAUGUUCAGGAAGCCAGGGUAACUUUCCAUUGUUUUACUCCAGCACUUGUUAUGCCUCUAGUGGGAAUUUUCCUCUGAGGAACUUUACUCUGCCGUAGGCUUUCCACUACAUUGGAUGUAAAGGUAGUAGGAAUUUACAUCACAUGUGCUGGGAAAUUCCAUGUUAGGAACUUUACUUUGUAGUAGGCUUUACACUACAUUGGAUGUAAAGGUAGCAGGAAUUUAUGUCACAUGUAGUGGGAAAUUCCCUUAGGAACUUUACUGUGUAGUAGGCUUCACAGGAGCACUGGGUGUAAAGGUAGCAGGAAUUUAUAUCACAUGUAGUGGGAAAUUCCCUUAGGAACUUUACUUUGUAGUAGGCUUUACGCUGCAUUUAAUGUAAAGGUAGCAGGAAUUUAUAUCACAUGUGGUGGGAAUUUCCCUUAGGAACUUUACUGUGUAGUAGGCUUUACAGUACCACUGGGUGUAAAGGUAGCAGGAAUUUAUAUCACAUGUAGUGGGAAAUUCCCUGUUAGGAACUUUACUUUAUAGUAGGCUUUACAGUACCACUGGGUGUAAAGGUAGCAGGAAUUUAUAUCGUAUGUACUGUAUGUUUUGAGUGUGUGCUCGGGGUUUAACAUCGUACUUAACAAUUUUUCAGUCAUAUUACGAUGAAGGAAUCCUUAGAGUGCAUGUGAUGUGCCUCCUUGUUGCAGGACAGAUUUCCACCGCUCUUUUAUUAGUGCUGCUUUACUGAGACGCCUUACCGAAGGCAAGUAAGGCGCCCCGCCCGAACCAUUAUACUGAUAUGGGUCAACCACUAAAGCACAAACCACAAUUCCCUUCGUGCUGAACACUUGUUAACUUGUUGAACACCAAGCGAGGAAGUUACAAUGUCCUCUUUAAAGGCCUUAGGUGUGUCCUGCAUGUAGUGGGAAAUUCCCUGUUAGGAACUUUACUUUGUAGUAGGCUUUACACUACUACUGGGUGUAAAGGUAACAGGAAUUUAUAUUACAUGUAGUGGAGAUUUCCUUUUAAAUGGGAUCAUAUGGCACUUUACAUUAGACCAUCAGCUGUACAUAGCGGGAAUUUUCAGAUCAGAUCAAAUCAAACUUACACAGAAUAGUACUUCAUUACAGCGUCAGCUGUGCAUGUAGUGGGGAUUCCGUUUUACAAGGAAUAGUGCUUUAUUUCAGCGUUAGCUCUGCAUGAAGUAGGCCAGGGAUUUCCUUUUACAUGGGAUAGUGCUUUACUUUUACAUGGGAUAGUGCUUUACUCCAGCUGUAGCUCUGCAUGUAGUGGGCCAGUGA